CAAAACACAAUACACAGUUUCAACCUAGAAAGAAAGAAAAGAACAUGUGAUCCAAUCUUGUUUUAAGUUUAUGUAUAGUUUUUGUUCUUUUAAAUAGUGCAAAAUUUAUCUCUCACUGCUUUAGUUUAUUCUUCUCUUUCCUUCUUUCUUCCUCCUUUUCUUUCUUUCUCUGUGUUUGAUACUAUCAAGGGUUCUUUGUAUUUUGUCAAAUAUUUCUGGAUCGUUGAUCUUGUUGAUUCAUCUUCACCAGAGAUUAAUUGGUUCUUUUUUUUUUUUCUAUCUUUACUUGAUUCCCAGUUUGGAAUUGCAUCUAAUUCUCUCUUGCUACACCUUCUCAUUUCCCUCAUCUUAUCAUCUCUCCUGCAAGGCUACAACUCUAUUUUUCUUAACCAAAAUUUGUGAAAGAUAAGUUAUGGCAAGGUAACAAGUAGAAAGAACCCGGUUGAGGCAGCUAUAGCAAUUAGCAAACCAUUUUCUUUCUUGUUGACUUCUUUCUUUAAUUGAACUUUCUGAAGUCUGAUCACAAAACCCUGAAAUUAAGUUGUUAGAAGAAAGUAAAAGGUCCACCGAUUCGGGUCUUUUGAUCUUCUGUUUUCUUACUUGUUUUUUUAAUUCAAUUUGCAACCAUGGCGAAUCCUUGGUGGGCUAAUCAAGUGAGUCUACCAGGCAUGGACCAGGCAGGCAAUUCACCAGCCUUAAACAAACGUGAUCUUGAAAUUUCGAUGAACGACACAAUCAAAAAUAGAAGCACAGGCCAAGGGGAUGAAGAUGAAGAUAAAGACACCGGCGACGAGCCUAAAGAAGGGGCAGUUGAGGUCGGUAACAGAAGACCCAGAGGCCGUCCUCCAGGCUCCAAAAACAAGCCCAAACCACCCAUUUUUGUCACAAGGGACAGCCCAAACGCGCUCCGUAGCCAUGUCAUGGAAGUUGCAAGUGGUACUGAUGUAGCUGAAAGUAUAGCCCAAUUCGCUCGGAGACGACAACGGGGGGUUUGUGUUCUUAGCGGCAGUGGCUCCGUAGCUAACGUUACACUAAGACAACCAGCAGCACCAGGAGCCGUGGUUGCGCUCCAUGGAAGGUUCGAAAUCUUGUCUUUGACUGGGGCUUUUCUGCCUGGACCAGCUCCACCAGGCUCAACGGGGCUCACUGUAUACCUAGCUGGUGGUCAAGGACAAGUUGUUGGAGGAAGUGUUGUAGGUUCACUGAUCGCAGCAGGGCCUGUUAUGGUCAUUGCAGCAACGUUUUCCAACGCAACUUAUGAAAGAUUGCCCAUAGAAGAUGAUGAAGAAGCUGGUAGUGCUGGCCAUGGAGGUCACAUCCAAGGAGGAUCAACCAAUUCUCCGCCAGCAAUCGGAAGUAGCGGCCAUCAAACAGGUCUGCCUGAUCCGUCUUCACUUCCAAUAUACAAUUUGCCACCAAAUAUGCUCUCCAAUGGAGGGCAACUAGGGCAUGAGGUCUACGCUUGGGCUCAUGGGCGGCCGCCUUACUAAUAAAUGAGAGCAUCUUUAUAUAUAAAAGAGUGAUGAGACUUAAUUUUCUUUGAUCUUAGAAAAAUGUUGUGUUUGUAUUUAAAGAUAGAGAUUGGUAGAAAAUAGGAAAAACAAGGAGAUUGUGUGAUCUCAUUGUAUAUUAAACUCUCUCCCUUGCCUUUGCUUUUCUUUUCUGUUUGCAAUAAAAGAAGAUUUUAGAGAGUUCUCCUUUAAACUGUUUUUCCCCAUAUCCUGCAAUAUAAAUUAUUG